GGAGAGCGAGAGACCGAACGAGGAGACGCGAGGAGGAGGGAGGAGAGGGGGAGGCGGGGGGAGCGCGGAAUGAAAAGCUCGGAGCGGGGAAAAAGCAGCACAGCGAAGCCCAAGUUGCCGAGCGAGCGGAGCGCUCUCGCGGCCCGGAGCCCAGCUGCAGCCGCGCCCGGCAGCCCGGCCCGGCCCCGCCUGCUCUGGGCCCCCGCCGGCGGAGGCCGCCGGGCGGGGGCGGGGACGGAGACGACCAACUUGGGUCGCGGCGCAUCCCGGCUCUCCCGAGAGCGCCGAGCCCGGGAGCGCCACCGCCACGGCCAGACGGCGGGAGCGGAGCGAGGCGAGCAGAGGCGGCGAGCGACUCCCGCGCCGCAGCCCAGGCCUUGGCGAGAGCGCGAAUAUUUUUCAAACGACUCAAACUUUCCUUCUUUCCCCGCGUUCUGGGGUCUCUCUUGGAUGGAAUUGCUCUCCUGAUUCCCGCGGGGCGCUGGGGCGCGAUUCCUCCCCGGGGUUCCUCGGUGGCUCGGCUAACUUCGCGGACCCGUGGACCCGUGACUCUCGCCCCUCCGCGGAGCCUAGCCCGCGCUUCUCCCCUGCUCAGGAGGGCCAGAGCCGGGGCUUUUCGCCUCCGAGAGGACGCCCAGCCCGGCUCCCUUGGGUCGGGCCACUGAGCCCCCAGCACCAGCCGCAGAACUGGAGACAGCGGAUUAACCCCAGCGGAGCCCCGGCCUCCCCGCCCCAGCUCCGCGGAGGGGCGUCCCCUGGGCGGGGAAACGACAAGUUUGUCAGUCGUCGGUGGCCUGUUGGAUCGAAGCGCCUCCGCCUCCGCAAAGGGGUCCCUGGCGCCCAGAACCCCGAGCGGACAUCCCUGGGAACCCGGAGAGGCUCGGCGGCCGGACUUCUCGGGCCGGGGCGCUGGCUGCUGCGCCGGGCGCGCCGAGGCACCCGGGGCCGGGCCAGCGCCCCCUGCGUUCCCACGCGGGCAGCGGCCCCGCCGGAGGAGAAACCCAGGUCGCUGCCGCCGCCACCGCCGACUCCUCAGCCUCCUGAUUUCCGUUGCCGCCGCCGCCGCCCCCUCCGUCGCCUCUCGGGGAAGGGGAAGACGCAAGGGGCAUCGCAGGGCCCCGGCGGAGGCGCCCCCCACCGCCUCUCGGGCUGUGCCGCCUCGCGGGGAUGAAGCACGGGCCGUGAAGAUGGAGGUGACCUGCCUUCUACUUCUGGCGCUGAUCCCCUUACACUGCCAGGGACAAGGAGUCUACGCUCCAGCCCAGGCUCAGAUCGUGCACGCGGGCCAGGCGUGUGUGGUGAAAGAGGACAACAUCAGUGAGCGCGUCUACACCAUCCGGGAGGGGGACACCUUGGUGCUGCAGUGCCUUGUCACCGGGCACCCUCGGCCCCAGGUGCGUUGGACCAAGACCGCGGGCAGCGCGUCGGACAAGUUCCAGGAAACAUCGGUGUUCAAUGAGACACUGCGCAUCGAGCGCAUCGCGCGCACGCAGGGCGGCCGCUACUACUGCAAGGCUGAGAACGGCGUGGGCGUGCCUGCCAUCAAGUCCAUCCGGGUGGAUGUGCAGUACCUGGACGAGCCAGUGCUGACAGUACACCAGACAGUGAGCGAUGUUCGAGGCAACUUCUACCAGGAGAAGACGGUGUUCCUGCGCUGUACGGUGAACUCCAACCCACCUGCCCGCUUCAUCUGGAAGCGGGGCUUGGACACCUUGUCUCACAGCCAGGACAAUGGGGUCGACAUCUAUGAGCCCCUCUACACCCAGGGGGAGACCAAGGUCCUGAAGCUGAAGAACCUGCGGCCCCAGGACUAUGCCAGCUACACCUGCCAGGUGUCUGUACGCAACGUGUGUGGCAUCCCGGACAAGGCCGUCACCUUCUGGCUCACCAACACCACGGCACCACCAGCCCUGAAGCUGUCUGUGAACGAAACUCUGGUGGUGAACCCUGGGGAGAAUGUGACGGUACAGUGUCUGCUGACAGGCGGUGAUCCUCUGCCCCAGCUGCAGUGGUCCCAUGGACCAGGUCCACUGCCCCUGGGUGCCCUGGCCCAGGGUGGCACCCUCAGCAUCCCUUCAGUGCAGGCCCAAGACUCUGGCUACUACAACUGCACAGCCACCAACAAUGUGGGCAACCCUGCCAAGAAGACUGUCAACCUCCUGGUGCGAUCCAUGAAGAAUGCCACAUUCCAGAUCACCCCAGAUGUGAUCAAAGAGAGCGAGAACAUACAGCUGGGCCAGGACCUGAAGCUGUCAUGCCAUGUGGAUGCAGUGCCCCAGGAGAAGGUGACCUACCAGUGGUUCAAGAAUGGCAAGCCAGCACGCAUGUCCAAGAGGCUGCUGGUGACUCGCAAUGACCCUGAGUUGCCCGCUGUCACCAGCAGCCUAGAGCUCAUUGACCUACACUUCAGCGACUAUGGCACCUAUCUGUGUGUGGCUUCCUUCCCGGGAGCACCUGUGCCCGACCUGAGCGUCGAGGUCAACAUCUCCUCUGAGACAGUGCCUCCCACCAUCAGCGUGCCCAAGGGCAAGGCCGUGGUGACCGUGCGCGAGGGCUCGCCCGCCGAGCUGCAGUGCGAGGUGCGGGGCAAGCCGCGGCCGCCUGUGCUUUGGUCCCGUGUGGACAAGGACGCUGCGUUGCUGCCCUCGGGGCUGCCCCUCGAGACCUCGGACGGGAAGCUGCGGCUGGAGCGUGUGAGCCGCGACAUGAGUGGGACCUACCGCUGCCAGACGGCUCGCUAUAAUGGCUUCAACGUGCGCCCCCGCGAGGCCCAGGUGCAGCUGAACGUGCAGUUCCCGCCGGAGGUGGAGCCCAGCUCCCAGGACGUGCGCCAGGCACUGGGCCGGCCAGUGCUGCUGCGCUGCUCGCUGCUUCGAGGCAGCCCCCAGCGCAUCUCCUCGGCUGUGUGGCGCUUCAAAGGGCAACUGCUGCCUCUGCCGCCUGCCGUCCCCGUCGCCGCCGAGGCCCCCGACCACUCUGAGCUGCGCCUCGACGCCGUCACCCGCGACAGCAGCGGCAGCUACGAGUGCAGCAUCUCCAACGACGUGGGCUCCGCUGCCUGCCUCUUCCAGGUCUCGGCCAAAGCCUACAGCCCGGAGUUUUACUUCGACACCCCCAACCCCACCCGCAGCCACAAGCUGUCCAAGAAUUACUCCUACGUGCUGCAGUGGACCCAGAGGGAGCCUGACGCUGUCGACCCUUUGCUCAACUACAGACUCAGUGUCCGUCAGUUGAAUCAGCAAAACGCCAUGGUGAAGGCCAUCCCGGUGCGGCGUGUGGAGAAGGGGCAGCUGCUGGAGUACAUCCUGACCGACCUUCGAGUGCCCCACAGCUACGAGGUCCGCCUCACGCCCUACACCACUUUCGGGGCUGGAGAUACGGCCUCCCGCAUCAUCCACUACACAGAGCCCAUCAACUCUCCCAAUCUGUCAGACAACACCUGCCACUUUGAGGAUGAGAAGAUCUGCGGCUACACCCAGGACCUGACAGACAACUUUGACUGGACCCGGCAGAAUGCCCUCACCCAGAACCCCAAGCGCUCCCCCAACACUGGUCCCCCCACGGACAUAAGUGGCACCCCUGAGGGCUACUACAUGUUCAUUGAGACAUCAAGGCCCCGGGAGUUGGGGGACCGCGCGAGGUUGGUGAGUCCCCUGUACAACGCUAGCGCCAAGUUCUACUGCGUCUCCUUCUUCUACCACAUGUACGGGAAGCAUAUCGGCUCCCUCAACCUCCUGGUGCGGUCCCGGAACAAAGGGCCACUGGACACGCACGCCUGGUCCCUCAGUGGCAAUAAGGGCAACGUGUGGCAGCAGGCGCAUGUGCCCAUCAACCCCAGUGGGCCCUUCCAGAUUAUUUUUGAGGGGGUUCGAGGCUCGGGCUACCUGGGGGAUAUCGCCAUAGAUGACGUCACACUGAAGAAGGGAGAGUGUCCCAGGAAGCAGAUGGAUCCCAAUAAAGUGGUGGUGAUGCCGGGCAGUGGAGCCCCCUGGCAGUCCCGCCCACAGCUCUGGGGGCCCAUGGCCAUCUUCCUCUUGGCGUUGCAGAGAUGAUGAGCGCUUCGUGGCCCCCCCACCCCGCCCCCGGCACACCAAAGUGUCCGCAUCGUACCAAAGACUGACCCCAUGCCAGCCGGGGUGCCCAGGGGCAGAGCCGCCCGCCAGUGAGGGGGCCUGCAUUGGCUGUGAGGAUGAGCAGAGAACAAGGACAGCGGCCCAGCACUGAGGCCCCGGAGACGCUUGUUCGACACACGCACACACACACCCACACUCACACACACAGAGAUAAAUUAAAGCACAAGUUUCUAUCUGACCCGCCAGCAUCUUCUUUGCUGCAGAGACAGGGGACUCGCCUGAAUGGCAUCCACCACUCCAGGGACCUCGGCGCCACAUAGGCCUUGUCCUGGCUGCACCUGCGGUGUGUUUCUGACCUUCCCCUGUCCCUGACUCAAGGCUGAGCUCAGCCCCGUGGCUUUACCAGAAGGAGCCAGAAGGGGAGCAGACACAGGAGCCCUGCCCUUGGCUGGACUCUGGGGCCCCCUGGAAUGGAGGAGGCCGGGGUCAUCGGGGGCCAAGCGGGACUGACUCUGCGAACGACAAAGGACAUGAGGCACCAGCUGCACACAACUCUGUUCCCAGAGCGAAGGCCAGAAGCCGGAGAGCCCAGGCCACCCGUAUCCCCUGACCCAUUCAUUCCUGGGAUGUCAUAUCCCGCCCCUCACUGUGCCCCCCUCGAAGGGACCUAGCGCAGGGUCUUGGGCCCGGACAGUCUGGAGACUGACCCCUUCCCCACCGUCCCCAUCCCACUGCACCCCACCCCACAAGCAGCUGUAUUCCUGAGAGCACAGUCCCUGCCCUGCUCGGCUGGCCUGACCUCAGACCCCAGCUGAGCCAGGGGGGAGGGGUGGUGGCCAAGCCAUUUUCUGGGGUGAGGCUUGGCUCCGAGAGGGGCAGAGGAGAAGUCCUGCUUUUAUGAUUUCAUGCCCCCAUAUUGCACAUUGAUCUUAGGGGUAGAGUGGAACCUCCAUUUCUUAUAUACUUGCCAGGAAGGGGUGCUCUGGACGGGGUGUGUGUAGGGGGCUGCCCUGUCCUCCUCCACCGCAAAGCACUGUCUAAUAGGCUGUUCCCUUCCCCGCCCAGGGUCAGUGAAGGAGGAGGGGUUUGUAGGCCUGGGGGUGGUGUGUGGGGCAGUUGCUGGUCACCAUGUUCCCUGGGAGCUGAGCCUUGUGCCCCAAAACUGGGAAAGGGCUCCAUGCCCUUGGUCCUGGGUUGGGAGACUGAGACGGACAGGAUGGGACCUAGACCUCCUCCUCACUGUCAUCCCUGAGCCCCCCCUCCUAGCAGUCCAUGGGAGAGAGGAGGCCCAACCCCUUCCAGGGUGAGUCAUCACGUGUGCGUGCAUGUGGCUGUGUGGGUGUGCACGUGUGAGCAUGUGUGGGCCCAUCUGUUGUCUGUGUACCACUGUGGGUAUAUCUCUAGCAGGAGCGUGUGCAAAUAUGUAUCUGCGUGUGCAGUUAUCCAUAUGUGAGGCUGGGUCUAACCCCCGUCUCUUGUGAGUGCCUGCGUAUGUCAGUAUGUCCAUCUUCAUUUGUGACAUGAAUGUUUGUGGAGUGCUGGCCAAAUAUGCCACUUCAGCCCUAUUCUGUAGUCUCAAGCUGCCUGCUACCACCUGAAUUUCUACCUUUUAUCCCCUACGGGUGACAAAGAGCUUACAGAUGACCCUAUGGAAAUGAAGGCAUCUUUGGUGGAGGUGUCACAGGGCUCCUCCUGGAGCAUUUGGUGGGGACAGCUGCAGAGAAGGGAAACCAGAGUAAACGCUGCCCAUCUCAGCUCUGCCAGGCUGGUGUUAUCAUCGUCACCAACAGCUGGUGGGUGGCCAGGCCAGGGCUGGAGUGGGGACUCCUGAUACCCGACCAGCGUGGCUGCCUUCCCGGCCCAGCCAAGGCCUCUAUCCGAAAUGAGUGGCUCCGGGUUCCCAGAACGUGCUGCCAUUUUUCUGCGGGUAUUGUUCCUUAAUUGUCCCAUCUGUGCAGGGUCUGUUGUCCCAACUAGACUGUGAGCUCCUCCUCUGAGCCUUCCAACCCUCCCCUGACCCCAUCCCACCCUCAUGCCCAGCACAAGUGGGUCUGUUAUGGAAAUCUCUCAACGGGCUUUGCCUAGCGGAAUGGAUUAUAGAAAUCAGUGGUUCCCAGCAGAAUAGAACCACCAGAGAUUCUUUUAGAAAGCACCAAUGCUUGGGGCCCGCUCCAGAGAUUCCAGUUUAAUUGGACUGGAGUGCAACCUGGCAUCAGAAAUGUUUGAAAGCUCCUCAGGAGAACCCUAGAGUAGGAACCACUGGCCUAUCACCUGCCAGGUGCUUCCCCCGUGCCCUGGCUGGCGUGGGUGCUGGAGAUCAGAGCGCUUCCUCCUUGGGGCUCCAUGGUGCCCCGUGCCUACUGCCCUCAGAUGACCUUUGAAUACAUCUGUCCCCUGCUCUGGCUGCUCCAUAAUGGAGACCCUCUCUCCCUUGUUCACCUCCGCAUCUGUAGAGCUGGAUACAGAAAAGGGAGUCAGCAUAUGUCAGCUGAGCUGAAGCACAUACACAUGGCCUCUGAGUUCUGGUCUGUUUGGAGAGAGGGGACAUGGUCAUGUGGACAGAGAGUGCGGAGUGGGGGAGCACCAGGGAGCACUUCCAGAGGGAGGUCGGGGUGGGACCGGGGCAGCCCUGACUCCAGGGUGGCUUGACCUGGGCUAACAAAGUGCCCGAGGGAGCCGCUGAGAUCCUUGGUCCUUGCGUGUGUCUGCGUGUGCCAGCAGGCCUGCAGCGGAUGUGGGUGUCAGUGUGUGCUGACAUUAACAGUGUGUGAUGCGAGCACCUAGGGGGGUGCUAGCCUGUGUGUGUGUGUGUGUGGUGGGGGGUCCUGCAAGGAAUGAGUGUCUUUGUGUGUCCCUGGGUGACUUGUGAGUCAGUGUUUGUGUGCCUGUGAGUCAGCACCUCUGUGUCAGCGUCACCUGUGCCAUGCGUGUCUUUGUGUGCCAGUGGGUAUCAGUGUCCAUGUGUUGGUUGGUGGCCCAUGAGGACCCCCAGCCCGGGGGAGACCAGUCUGGCUGGAUCCAGUGCAUCUCCCCAGUGGCAGUCUCACCCUCUGGGUCAGGGUGGCUGAGGCAUUUUGUGGCCUUAAAACAGGGAGUCCAGGGUCAGCCCUCAGGGUGUUAGGGUCCUCUACCCCUGUCCCUUCCAGCUUGGUGUCUGGGGGACAAAGGGACUCCUGGGGCCAGGUGCUGUAUAGGUAAGAGACAGGGAGCCUCAGCUUGGCUGUCCUGCCCCUGGAACCAUAGACGGCCACCCGGGGUGCCGAGCUAAGCCUGCAGACCAAGCCCCCUGCUCCUGGGACGCUCCUUCCGCCUCUGCCCUCUCUGGGAUAGCUCUGACUCUUCUUUCUCAUUCACUUUGCCCUCUCCCUGUGCUCAGUGAAAGCCCCUGGCUCAGGCUGUCGGUGCUGGGAUGGGGCAUAGAGAUCCCAACUUCUCAUGGUAAGAAUGAGAGUUAAGCCCAGAGAGGGGGAGGGACUUGCCCCAGGUCACACAGACAGUUAAGGUGGAGCCAGCCUUGGAAGCCAGGUACUACAGUCCUGGGGUUGUCACACCUCUGGCCACUGCUCAUGCCAGGCAGCAAGGAGGAGCUUGGUCAAACAUCCCUGUCUCUGGGUGCUGGUACAGAUGUUACAGAUGUUACUGGGCCCUGCACUGGGAGAGGUACUGUCUCCCUGCCCCCAAUUCUGGCCCCGCAUCCCAGGCCACGGCCCCUCCUGCCCCAGGUCAAGCCUGGGUGCCACAUGGAGGCUGACACCCUUUGCCCACACUGGCUAUGGCUGCUGCCCUCCCCCAGGCUCCCAGAUGAAAGGGACUCUCUUUCCCCUCCCCUCUGUCUUCACAUGAGCCUGGGCUGGGAAUGAAGGUCAAUGUGUCCUGGUGUCCUUAUCCUGUUGACUUCCCCCUAAGGACCAGGGGAACCUGGGGGAGCAGGGCUAAUCCUUGUGUUUUCCUCUCUCUGGACAGCUCAAGGGGGACGGGGGUAUUUUCAGGGUCUGUCCUCAGGAAUGGGGUGGGUGAACCUGCAAUGGAGGAUCCCUGUAGGGCCACUGGUUGAAUUUCUGGGUUCAGGGGAGCCCUCCUCAAUUCCAAAGGCAGGAUAGCACCCCCUCUCUGUUGAGUCGGUGCUUCUGUGUGUGUGCGUGGAUGAGAGGGUGUGUGUGUGUGUGAGAGAGAGGGCGCAUGCCCGAGUAAGAGUGUGUGUGUGUGAGGGUGUGUGUUAGGGCAGAAGGACCACUCUUUCCUGGGGAUCCCUUGACCCUUAGAGCUGGAAGGGACCUUAGAGACCAUUUAAUCCAGUGUCCCCACUGUACAGGUGAGAAAGCUGAGGUCCAGAGAGAUGGCCCUUGCCCACCACCAGCCCCUCCCCUCAUGUCACCUGCAUUCAUUUCCCAGGGGCACCCCUAGGAAUGCCCUCCCUCCUGGCAUCCCCCCACAGAUGCUCACAUAAUCACCAUCUCAGCACAACUCUGCUGGCCCCUCUGCACCCAUGGCCUCCAAGCAUCCUUCCUGCCCCAGGGUAGCCAGCUCACCAAGGCCUUUACCUCCAACCCAGGAGAAAGGGCAGGGGAAGGAGGGGACUGCUCCAGCCCUGCGGCCUCCAGACUUGGAAGAAAGCCAACCCCUCCGUGCCCAGGCCCACCCUACCACCAAGGUAAAAAGCACAACCGGAGACCCUCAUUAACGGGUGAAAGGGACUGGGGUUGUUUUAGUCACAUGACCCCAUCCUCACCCCUUUGCCUUGCUCUCUGUCUCCGCCCCAGCCUCUGCCCCUUCUUUGUUCCCCUUUCCCCCCCACACCCCCCAGAUGUAACCUCUAGUUGCGGACGCGGUUGUUUCAAUCAA